GGCCAGGUGCCCCUGCAGUGUCCCUGCCCACCAGCCGUGCCCGAUGGUCCCCAGGACAACCGCACACCACAGCCGUCAGCCCCACUGCUCAGAGUCCCCAAGGACACAUGCUGACCCUUGGCCCUGCCUGACCCACCCACCGUGCUUCAUGGCGGCUGAAGAGAUGCACUGGCCUGUCCCGAUGAAGGCCAUUGGUGCCCAGAACUUGCUAACCAUGCCCGGGGGCGUGGCCAAGGCUGGCUACCUGCACAAGAAGGGUGGCACCCAGCUGCAGUUGCUCAGAUGGCCCCUGCGCUUUGUCAUCAUCCACAAGCGAUGCAUCUACUAUUUCAAGAGCAGCACAUCUGCCUCCCCGCAGGGCGCCUUCUCCCUGAGCGGCUAUAACCGGGUGAUGCGGGCAGCUGAAGAGACAACGUCCAACAACGUCUUCCCCUUCAAGAUUGUCCACAUCAGCAAGAAGCACCGCACAUGGUUCUUCUCGGCCUCCUCUGAGGAUGAGCGCAAGAGCUGGAUGGCUUUGCUGCGCAAGGAGAUUGGCCACUUCCAUGAGAAGAAGGAGUUGCCCCUGGACACCAGUGACUCCAGCUCGGACACAGACAGCUUCUAUGGUGCAGUCGAGCGGCCUGUGGACAUCAGCCUGUCCCCAUACCCCACAGACAAUGAAGACUACGAGCAUGAGGAUGAAGACGACUCGUACAUGGAGCCGGACUCCCCUGAGCCCGUGGAGCCCGAGGACACCCUGACCCACCCGCCGGCCUACCCCCCGCCUCCUGUGCCUACACCCAGGAAGCCAGCCUUCUCCGACAUGCCCCGUGCUCACUCCUUUGCCUCCAAGGGCCUGAGCCCCCUGUUGCCACCCCCGCCCCCUAAGCGUGGCCUCCCUGACAACAGCCCAGCUCCUGAGGACUCCAAGAGGGACCCACUGGGCCUGAGGCGGCCUGAGCCUGGCCCCAGAGUGCCCAUGGCCCCCCGGAGGAUGAGUGACCCCCCGCUGGGCCACCUGCCAACCACGCCCAGCCUCCGGAAACCCCCUUGCUUACGCGAGAGCGCCAGCCCCAGCCCAGAGCCCCGGGUCCCCGGCCAUGGGCCUGGCUCUGCCUCCAGCCCUGCCAACGUGGCCACUGCUUCCUCCAGGAACUGUGACAAGCUCAAGUCCUUCCAUCUGACCCCCCGGGGGCCACCCACGCCCGAGCCUCCACCCGUGCCUGCCAACAAGCCCAAGUUCUUAAAGAUGGCUGAAGAGGCCCCUGCAGGGGAGGCAGCCAGGCCCAGACUCUUCGUGCCCCCGGUGGCCCCCAGGCCUCCUGUCCUGAAACUGCCAAUGCCUGAGGCCGCAGCCAAGCCAGCGGUCCUGCCGAGGACAGAGAAGCCACCCCUCCCCCACCUCCAGAGGUCACCCCCUGAUGGGCAGAGUUUCAGGAGCUUCUCCUUUGAAAAACCCCGACGGCCCUUGAAGGCGGACAGCGCUGGUGGGGAGGACUCCGACGAGGAUUAUGAGAAGGUGCCGCUGCCCAGCUCUGUGUUUAUCAAUACCACGGAAUCCUGCGAAGUGGAAAGGCUGUUCAAAGCCACAAGCCCCCAGGGAGAGCCCCAGGAUGGACUCUACUGCAUCCGGAACUCCUCCACCAAGUCGGGGAAGGUUCUGGUCGUGUGGGAUACAGGCCCCAACAAAGUGAGGAACUACCGCAUCUUUGAGAAGGACUCUAAAUUCUACCUGGAGGGCGAGGUCCUGUUUGUGAGCGUGGGCAGCCUCGUGGAGCACUACCACACGCACGUGCUGCCCGGCCACCAGAGCCUGCUGCUGCAGCGCCCCUACGGCUACACGAGGCCCAGGUGACGCCAGUGACACACGCUGCUGGGCAGAGACGAGCCACGGGGGCCAUGACCCCAGGCCACGCAGAUGAGACGGGCCUGCGUGGGAGGAGGAGCCGGACUGAGCGCUGUGCUCCCACCCAGGGUCUCCCCAACAGAUACCUUGUAGAAUCCGCCAGGCCAGGCCCCACUCAGCAGGCUGGGUCCCUGGGGCUGGGCCAGGCUCUGCACUCCAGAGGAUUGAGGGGGCUCUCCUGUGACACACAGCUCACCCUGUCCCACCUCCCCGGAGCCCAGGGUCCCAGGACCGAGCCCUGCGUGGGCUUUGUGGACAAGAAUUGUGGUCAUCCCCCCGUCCCCAACUCCGCCAGCGCACUGACCCUGCCCCAUGCUGGGAGCUGGGCAGGACUGGGCAUUCGGGGUUGGGCAGAGGCUGGCCCCAGGACUGCCACCCCAGGAACUCUUAAGACACAGGCUCCAGUAUGGGCCAUUGAUGUACAAUAAAGCACAGAUGACC